AUGAGGUUUAAGGAAAGAAGCUAUCUCAAUAACAUAAAAGUACAAGAUGAAGCAGCACGUGUUGAUGUAAAAGCUACAGCAAGUUAUCCAGAAAAUCUAGCUAAGAUCAUUGAUGAAGAUGCCUAUGCCAAACAACAGAUUUUCAAUGUAGACAAAACUGCUUAUUUUGGAAAGCAGCACAUAGAGAACCUCUUCAGUGACCUGCAGGAUGGGAGACGCCUCCUAGACCUCCUUGAAGGCCUGACAGGGCAAAAACUGCCAAAAGAAAAAGGAUCCACAAGAGUUCAUGCCCUGAACAAUGUCAAGAAGGCACUACAGGUCUUGCAGGACAAUAAUGUUGAUUUAGUGAAUAUUGGAAGCACUGACAUAGUAGAUGGAAAUCAUAAACUAACUCUUGGUUUGAUUUGGAAUAUAAUACUCCACUGGCAGGUCAAAAAUGUAAUGAAAAAUAUCAUGGCUGGAUUGCAACAAACCAACAGUGAAAAGAUUCUCCUGAGCUGGGUCCGACAAUCAACUCGUAAUUAUCCACAGGUUAAUGUCAUCAACUUCACCACUAGCUGGUCUGAUGGCCUGGCUUUGAAUGCUCUCAUCCAUAGUCAUAGGCCAGACCUGUUUGAUUGGAAUAGUGUGGUUUGCCAGCAGUCAGCCACACAACGACUGGAGCAUGCAUUCAACAUCGCCAAAUAUCAGUUAGGCAUAGAGAAACUACUUGAUCCUGAAGAUGUUGCCACGACUUAUCCAGAUAAGAAGUCCAUCUUAAUGUACAUCACAUCACUCUUCCAAGUUUUGCCUCAGCAAGUGAGCACUGAAGCCAUCCAGGAAGUGGAAAUGUUGCCAAGGCCAGCAAAAGUGACUAGAGAAGAACAUUUUCAAUUACAUCAUCAAAUGCACUAUUCUCAACAGAUCACAGUCAGUCUAGCGCAGGGCUAUGAGCGAACUUCUUCCUCUCCUAAGCCUCGGUUCAAGAGCUAUGCCUACACACAGGCUGCCUAUGUCACCAGCUCAGACCCCACAAGGAGCCCAUUUCCUUCACAGCAUUUGGAAGCUCCUGAAGACAAGUCGUUUGGCAAGUCAUUAAUGGAGACUGAAGUCAACCUGGACAGUUACCAAACAGCAUUAGAAGAAGUACUCUCAUGGCUUCUUUCUGCUGAGGAUACAUUGCAGGCCCAAGGAGAUAUUUCUAAUGAUGUAGAAGAAGUCAAAGAACAAUUUCAUACUCAUGAGGGAUACAUGAUGGAUUUGACCUCCCAUCAGGGACGUGUUGGUAAUGUUCUACAUUUGGGAAGUCAACUGAUUGGAACAGGGAAAUUAUCAGAAGAUGAAGAAACUGAAGUACAAGAACAAAUGAAUCUCCUAAAUUCAAGAUGGGAAUGCCUCAGGGUAGCUAGCAUGGAAAAACAAAGCAACUUACAUAAAGUUCUAAUGGAUCUCCAGAAUCAGAAACUGAAAGAAUUAAACGACUGGCUAACAAAAACAGAAGAGAGAACAAGAAAAAUGGGGGAAGAGCCCUUUGGACCUGAUCUGGAAGACCUAAAACACCAAGUACAACAACAUAAGGUGCUUCAAGAAGAUCUAGAACAAGAACAAGUCAGAGUCAAUUCUCUAACACACAUGGUUGUGGUUGUUGAUGAAUCUAGUGGAGAUCGUGUAACUGCUGCUUUGGAAGAACAACUUAAG